AAUGGAUAAUGCAGAGUGUAUUGUAUUUUUGUGAUAUAUCAUAACGUUAAUAUAAAUCAUUCUGUAAUACGUGAUGGAGAAAUUUAGCUACCGUUUAUUAUUCCUUGGAAGAAGAAAAAAUGUACAUUAAUGGUGAUUGUUUGAUAUCGGAUAACGCAAUGUUUAACUGGUGAAUUAGGAUAAUACAGAGGCAGUUAUUUUUAUCUCCACGCUUAAAAAAUAACCAAAAAACGGGGUUACGAUGGGUGCAUAUGACUACGACGCUUUUGUGAUUUACAACCCCCAUGGUCAGGACCAGGAGUUUGUCAGUCUUAUGACUCAAGUGCUGACCUCCCCUCCAUACAACCUCAGACUCUACGUGCCAUGGACGGAUAACAACGAACCAUUUGAAGCUGUAGCCACGGCUGAAAAUAUCGAGAAAAGAUGCAAAAAAGUUCUGGUUGUUAUAUCAGCGGCAUCUUUAGAAAGUGACCUGUUUCAUUUUCAACUUAAAGUUGCCCAUUCCAUGUCACCAGGUGCUCGGAGUAGAAAAAUUAUUCCAAUUCGAUUGGAUUCCACAGAGGUACCGGCUGUGAUACGAUUUACAACAUCAUGUGACUAUUACAAGAAAGAGCUGAGAGUCUUUGUUUGGGACAGGCUUAAUUCUGCCUUCUGUAAUUGUGAUGACAAUUAUAAGUCUAGAAUAUCAAAAGCCGUGUCACUUCCAGAGAAAAGAGCGCUCCCGGAUUUGAUUCCAACUUCACCCUUAAAAAGAGUUCAGUCUUGGUGGCGUUUGAAAGCAUCCGUUGCAUAAUAUUUUUUUUUAUUCUAACUGUGAUUAUAUAUAUUUAAUUCUAUAAAACCAUUCUUAGAACAGUGGCAUUACGUAUGUGAAUGUUAUAUCAUUGGUUUCCAAUUGAAUACUAAUGAUUUUAUAUAUCAAUACAUUAUACCCAGCACUUCCCUUAUAUUGUGCACGCUUUUUUGCAAUGUUGUAGAACUUUCUUGCUCAAAUACAUUGGCUUUAACUAAAUUUUAUACCCGCUGCAAUGUAUUACUUCCACAAACUUUCAAUGUUACAUUUAU